AUUAAAUCAUUUUUGAUGCGUCACAUCAUAUAGUCAUCAUGUGCUAAGUGAUUAACUUUGCAGGAGAUGGCAUCAACAAGGUCACGGAGACCUAAAAGGAACCCUAUACAAGAAGCUACCUAUUUUUCAUCCUUGGGAAAAGACAAGAAUGACUUUGACAUAAAAUACAUAAAUUCUUUUAAAGGUCGAGGUGUGUUCAGCUGCCGGGACUUUCAAAAAGGAGAUUUUCUUAUUGAAUACAGAGGGGAAGUCAUAACAAAAAAGGAACAAGAAUGCAGGUCGAAAGUGUAUCAUAAAGCACUCAAGGUUUUCAUGUUUGAUUUCCAUUUUAAUGGAAAUCAGUUUUGUGUCGAUGCUUCCAGAGAAGAUGGUUCUCUAGGGAGACUCGUUAAUGAUGACCAUCUGAAUCCAAAUAGCAAAAUGAAAAUAAUACGAGUGGACGGAAGGCCCCAUUUGUGUUUGUUUGCACUCAAGGACAUUAGUCCAGGAGAAGAAAUCACGUAUAACUAUGGUGAUUCUGAUUGGCCAUGGAGAAGCAAGGUAUUUGUCCAUGCUUGUAUUUACACAGAUCAGUUGACUGAGUAGCAUUCUAUACCAAUCUGUAACUUAGCACUGCAGGUGUGAGCACUGUGCGGAUUUGUUCAGUGUGGUUCUGCAAAUAGAUUAGUUCUUUAACACCAACAGUCGGAGUAUGUGUGGAGCCUGCACACAUGGACACAGGACAGAACCAGAAAAUGUUCUAAACUUUCUUAACAGGAUUACCUACCUACUGACCAAUUUGAACUAAAGUUUUGUUUUGCAAACCCACAAAGAAUUAUCCUACAUCACUCAGUAGUUACA